ACUUUGUUUACCGACUUUGCACCGCGACAAAGCUCACCGCCGAUAGUUCUGCUGUGGUCGGAUUUUUCUGCCGGGAGCAUCGCUCGGAAACGACUGCUGUUGUAGACUUCUGAUUCAACACAAUGUUGAAAAACAUGCAGGCUGGACUGUGGAUGGGAAGCAAGGAGGAGGAGGAGGAGAAGCGGCUUGACCUGGUAACGAGGAGGCAGGACUGGAGAGUGAUGAGCCACGCCCGCCUCACAGACAGACACAAGAGGGACGGGGGGGGGGGGGGGGGGGGGGAAACACCGGGAACGCUGAGGCUGCGGUCAAGACCGGAACAACAUCGUCUCACAACAACAGAGUGACAAAGAUUCAGAAAAAUACAGACUUUUCUGCUUCUUGCUGUACUCCCUUUUCAAAGACAGGUUGUUUUAUUUCACAAAGCAGCUAUAUCCAAAAUAUAUAAUCAUUAGUGUAGUUUAUUCUCAGGUUCAAGUGUAGAACUUUUUAUUGUCUGCUGAUGGAAUUCAGUUAAUAAAAGGUAACUGUAGUGUUACUACAAAUCCAGAGGUAGGCGGUAAUGCAACUCUUUGGAAGCCAACAGCCUUUAAAAACAAACGAAGAAGAAGAAGCUCCAAUUUUAAUCAUUGAUUAGGAAGUCUGUCAGUUAUGCUGGAAACUCGAGAGAUGCAGUCAAAGUAACUGGACUGAGGCUGGGUCACUGUGGGUUAAACCAAUGUUUACACACUGUAGGAAAACAUCCCAGUGGACUGUGUGAAUGUGGAAGUCCUGAAACAGUUAUACACAGAAUAUAAAAAAAUGACACCUUACAAAGAAAGGCAUUAUUCAAAAGAUUGUCUGACGUGGGGAUAACUUUGUUUUUCAGUUAAAACAUUGCUUGGUCAAUAUGAGAACCACCACUUGAUUACAAAAGCAGUUAUUCAUUUUCUACAGAUAAUAAUAAUAUAAUAAUAAUAAAGUUUAUUUAUAAAGCACUUAUCAAAACCAACGUCACAAAGUGCUUUACAGAAAAAAGAAAAAAUCCCAACAGUCAAAUACACAAAAAUAAAAUCCUAUUAAAAGCAUGAAAAAUAAAACAACAGUGCAGCAAUCAUCCAAUGAACAGAGAAAAGAGAAACAACCGAGACAGAGAUUGGUUAAAGUUAACAGUAAAACAAAUAAAACAUCCUGGAUGAAACGAGGAUUAUAAGAAGGCCUUACGAUAAAAAUGUGUUUUUAAAAAAUCUGAAGUUAUGCUUUUGUAGAAUGACUUAGUUCCCGUCAACCUGUGGAGGGCAGUGAUACGCCUAGAUGUGUCUGACUGCCGGAAAAUUUACAAGAAGAAGAAGAAGUUCCUCCAUGCACUUGAGACUUCACCCCACGGAGGGUGCUUCACCCCUUCAUUCAGCUGUGGGCGUGACGUCACCUCACUCGUGCAGGAGAGUGAGAGUGGAGGGAGCAGCUCGAGGAACAGGAAUAACUACUUUUGGGUUUUUCUUUUUAUUCCAAACGGGAUUCAAACUUUUCUGUCCAGUGACGAUGGAGCUGAGCGAGGAGCAGCUGAAAGUGUCAGAGACUGAGCUGAGGAGAUAUUUACCUCGCUCACUGCCGGUUUACGGUUUUUUGAUGCACAGGAACCGAGUCCGUUCAGAUCCUUUGGCGGUGUUUGUGGACAGAUGGCCUGACUUUAACGUCCUUAUCUGCAGACCAACAUGUAGAGAGAAGGGCGACCUCUUCAAAGACAUUCAUAUUUUUGCAAAUGAUAAAACCAGUCUUGAAGAAACCAUCAGGAAGUCGUCCGUCAUCGAUUGGACCAGGUUCCUCUGUCUUGGAUUCGAUCAUCGCCACAUCGGGUUAUUCAAAGCAGUGGCAUCAGAAAAAGAAGCGCCCGGACGAGAGCUGGCCGUAUGUCAAGUGAAGAUACUGGAGGACGUUUCCAAGCUCCCUGAUAUAGACAGCUCGGGGAUGUCACUCAGCUCUCUGGACGAGUCGCACGUCAGCUUGGUGAAUCAGACGUGGAAGUUUUCAAAUAGCGACGAGGCUCUCGUUAUGAUUCGGAACAUUAUAACAAACUUCCCCUCCUGCUGCGUGCUGGAUGACGAAGGUCAGCCCGUGUCCUGGAUCCUGGUGUAUGAUUACUGUGCCAUGGGCAUGCUGUACACGCUGCCAGAGCACAGAGGGAAAGGUUAUGCCAAAGUCCUGAUCUGCAGCAUGGCGAGGAGGCUCCACGCUGAGGGGUACCCGGUGUACACCUUCAUCGAGGAGGAGAACACGCUCUCCCACAGGCUCUUUACAAAGCUGGGCUUCACUGAGGCGCCCUCAUUCAAGACUGCAUGGAUGGGGUUCAAUGAGCUUUGAAUAACUGGUUAUUAGCUGUUUUCACACAUGCUCUAUUUCAGAUAGAAUGCCCCUGAAAUGUUCCUGAGGUGCUUGUUCACACAUGUCUGUCAGAGCAGGAUGUUUUUUUUUUAUGGUGGAGGUCUCAUCAGGUAAUAAAUAACAUAAAAAAAGACACUGCUGCAAUCAAAGACGAUUCUAAGACGACACUGUUUUGCCUUGAACGUAUUCACAAUAAUAACUAGACAAUUUGCAUUUACCUGCGGAAAAUGUGUGGGAAUGCCGACCGCUGAAAUGUUUUGCAAAACACUGCUGAAUGAAGCAGAAUCAGCAGAAACAGCUGAAGGGUUAGUGGAAGAUGAAGAAGAAGAGGAAAUAGUAGAAGAAGAGUAGUAGUAGAAGAAUAAAAAGUAGUAAAAGCAGAAGAACAAGAAGUAGAAGAAGUAAAAGGAUUAGUAGAAGAUGAAGAAACAGUAGUAGAAGUGGUAGAACAAGUAGAAGAUACUGCAUAAAGACUGCUUAAAUGCAGUCAGACAAUAAGAAAAAGGGGACAAUGUCUCCCUAUUGGGUGCUCAUUUCAAGGGCUUAAAUUAAGAGUUGGUGGCUAAAUGAUGAUUUUGUGAGCAAGAGGACAAAUGGCCCAACGCGUUGAUGUGAUUUUCAUGGAUCCAAGAAAUGUGGGAAGUGGUUAGAAUUAGUUUUGGUAUUUAGUUUACUAAUAUUUGGGUGUUGUUGUUUAUUUAAUUAUUCUACAUGUUUUCUUUAUUUAGAAUAGAUCGUUGGGUAAUAUUUUCUUUUGCUAGUUGUUCGUUUAGUAAAUUUAGUUUUGCAUUAGUAUUUUUGUUAGGUGUUUGGGUAACACUGUGGGCACCAGAGGUUAUUUAAGUAAGAGGCAGGUAGAGGACCAGCAUGCACCUGGGUGGGCAGCAGGAGCCACGACUUUCUUUGUUCUUUUGUUUGCUUUCUUUAAAUAAACCACCAAACAACAGCAGAUCUCUUGCAUGGACAUUGGAUUUCUUUUGCCUGCGUACAUCACAUCCCCCAUGGUGCAUCAGUGGUCAUUUGAUUAUUUUUGAUAUUAGUUUAUUUAGAUUUUUGUUUUUGGACAAAUAGCCACUACACUCGCCAAAAGUAGACAAGCUGAAGUAAAAAUAAAUCUACAGAUCUUAAAGUAAUAUUUGUAUCCAACGACUGCUGCAAGUGGAAGAGAGAGAACAGUGGUGGUUUCUGUUUAUCGAGCACUUUUGAAAUCUCAAAAAGAUGCAAAAGUUAUGUUUAUAUCUCUCACAGCCAGGAGUACAUUUUGGUAAUUGAUGCCCAGGCUGAUAAAACUGUUCUAUAAUUACAUGUGUGUCACAUGUGUCUCGUAGAACG